AUGGACCCUGCGCAGUCAGAUGCCCAAGUUGCAGCCGCCGACUCACAACCCGAUGAACAAUCGCCAUCUCCAUUGCCUCGGACAAGAUCCCGGAGACCCCUAGUACAGCCUCGGCGGUACGGUUUCGCCUGUGCUAAUUGUCAUGCUCGCAAGGUCAAGUGCAAUGGUAAGCAGCCGACGUGUCGUACUUGUCAACAGUCAGGAACUCGAUGUGUGUGGCGCUCGUCGGCAGAGAAGCAGCUCCGCGAUGCCAACUCACGCAUCCGGAUGCUAGAAGAGGCUGUCCAGGCGGCUACGCGUUCGGAGACACCAGAUCUGGACCGUUCUCGUGAGGUUGAAGAAGGUGAAGCCGUGACGCAAAGUGCUGCCACGACCACUAGCAGUACGACUGGAACUGGAGCAAAUCGAUCUGCAACAUCGCCUACGUCUGGCACUUCAGCCUGGUUCCAGGUUGGGCUUGGACAUAAUGGCGCAGUGACUUACAAUGGCCCCACGAGCCGUUUCCAUGCGAGUGCAUUGGAAGAGCACCUGGCCGAUGAAGAUGACCCGCAAGUCUCUGGACAGUCAAGUGACAAGAGAGCUAUCCACGUCGAGGCGUUACGAUGCCAAUACGAGCUGCUAGAUACGGUGUGGAUGCCAUUGAUUAGAUCAAAGUCCGGUUUUGAUGGCUUCGGGAUAGACGCAAAUGUCUGUCUGGCGUUGCUUGACAUAUACUGGAACUGGUUACAGCCACUGCACAACUGUGUCUAUCGACCGUGUGUCAUGAUGGAUAUGGCGAUUGGAGGCCCCUACUAUUCCGACUUUCUUCUAAGGCAAUUAAUAAUUAAAAGCCGCCCAAAAACGUUAAAUAAGUAUAAAGCUUUUUAG